GUUUGCAUUUAAAUCGUACGGGUGGUACGACUAAUCCAUUGAACAUGGGAAAGUGACUUUAUGCUUGAAGUAUACAUCGUUAUAUAUCAUGUCGGGGUCUAGUAGAUUGAAAAGAAAUGACAUUCAUGCAAGUGUCAUUUCGAAUAAAGAAUCUAAUAUUAUUCGUACAGGUAAAAACUAUACAUAUUUCGUAAAGAUUGUGAUAUAAUUCUGUGAUGCAAUUUGUUUUAAUGUUAUAUACAUAGUUUGAUUGGUUACAUGGCGCAAGUGUAUCUUACUGUCAAAAGCAAAUGCACUUUUUGUCUGUAAUUAACACGGUGUUUACAUUUUACUGAAUUAAGAACAGCAUAAAUAUCUAGAACGAUUUUAAAAUGUCAUUUCUUCGUGGUUCUGCCAAUUACGUUUGGUGUACUACCAGUGUGCUAGGAAAAGGUGCAACAGGAGCAGUAUUUCAGGGCGUCAAUAAAAAUAACGGAGAACCAGUUGCUGUUAAAACAUUUAAUCAGCUUAGCCACAUGCGUCCUCAUGAUGUUCAAAUGAGAGAAUUUGAAGUUUUGAAGAAAGUAAAACAUGAGAACAUCGUUAAAUUAUUAGCUAUUGAAGAAGAGCAAGAUGGACGUGGAAAGGUCAUUGUUAUGGAACUGUGUACUGGAGGAAGUCUUUUCAAUAUUUUGGAUGAUCCUGAAAAUACAUACGGACUUGCAGAGAGUGAGUUUCUUCUUGUUCUAGAACAUUUGUCUGCUGGAAUGAAACAUUUACGGGAUAAUAAUCUAGUUCACCGUGACUUAAAGCCUGGAAAUAUCAUGAAAUUUAUUGCUGACGAUGGCAGUACUAUCUAUAAACUGACAGAUUUCGGAGCAGCACGUGAGCUUCAGGAAGAUCAACAGUUUGUAUCUUUAUAUGGAACAGAGGAAUAUUUACAUCCUGAUAUGUAUGAGCGUGCUGUUCUACGUAAACCUGUAGGAAAGACUUUUGGAGCUACCGUAGAUCUUUGGUCAAUUGGUGUAACUCUGUAUCAUGUAGCAACAGGGAACUUACCAUUUAGACCAUUUGGUGGCCGUAGAAAUAAAGAAACAAUGUUUUAUAUCACAACUAAGAAAGCAUCUGGUGUAAUAUCAGGAACACAAACUUCAGAAAAUGGACCCAUUGAAUGGAGUCGUGAAUUACCUCAAAACUGUCAACUUAGCAUUGGAUUAAAGAAGAUUGUUACUCCAUUACUUGCUGGAUUGUUGGAAGUUGAUCCUCAAAGAAUAUGGAGCUUUGAUCGCUUCUUUACCGAAGUUACAGACACUUUAUGUAGAAAACCAAUUCACAUAUUUAAUGUACAUAAAGCAAGCUUAAUAAAGGUUUUCUUGCAUCCUGAGGAAAAACUGGUUGCCCUUCAGACACAUAUACAGGAUCAAAGUGAUGUACCAGCUCAUGCUCAGAUCCUUUUGCUUGGAGAAAUCACUUUAACUAGUUUAGUUGAAGAAUCUACUCCAGGAAAAGGAUAUCCCACAACAACCCAUGAUAGACCAGUAAUGCUGUUUUCUCGGGAAAAUAAUAACGUAAUAUUACCCGUCGAAAGUGAACUUCCAAAAUUCCCAGUAUUUUCUAAUUUGGUAUCAGUGGAGAAUGAUGCCAGCCAAGCCAAAGUUGCAUGUUCGGUAGGCCAUGUUUGCAAAAGAAGAAUUGAUAGAUUGGCAUAUUGCAGUAAACAGUGUCAAGAUAGUGUGGAAGCAUUUAAUGGUCUUGUAACGGCAGAUCUCACUAGGGUAUUAGAAAAGUGUCAACGUUCAAAGGAGCUAACCAAGGCAGUAGAGGAUACUGCUAUGGCUAUAGAGAGAAGUGAAAAUUUAGCAAGACAUAUAGCAAAGAAAUUUGGUAUGCAACUUAAUAUUAAUAAUAAGCAUUGGAGAAAAGAAUUAGAUUCCAAAAGCAAAGAACUUUUGGUUGAGUUGGCACCAGCAGUUACACAGCUGCAUCAAAGGUAUGUAAAGGAAUCCAGUCUACGUGCAGAAUGGGAAAGUAACACUCGAGGUUUAUGGUGUCCCUGGAUAACUAAAGCAAGUCACCGAGCUUCUACCCUCGUUGACAGACUACGUGACGGCUGGCAGCAUUUACUACGUGACAGAGCUACACGCAGUCUCACCUACAAUGAUGAACAGUUCCAUGUUCUGGAACGUAUCAAAGUAACUGAGACUGGGCGCAGGAUAAAAUCACUUCUAGAAACGGAAUGUGUUCCAGCAAUGACGCAACGAUCAGAAGGUCUAGGUGAUUGGUAUAAAAUGGCACAGACUGUAUAUUUGCAAACUCAAAUACUUGACAAGGAUGUUGACAACUACGAACGUGCUUUAGAAUCCUUUUCUUAUACACUCAGUCAGGAGAGCUUAGAGCGUCACGAAUCACUUGUUCGUUCACUGGAAAGAAUCCCAGGAAAGUCCAACACCAUGGAGAAGUCUAACAUACCUGGAGAAGAAGGAACAAAGAAGUGGAAGAAUAUUUGUGACUUACAUGAACAGAUUAGUUUGAUUCUUAGCGAGAACAAUCGAUUAGUGGAUCAGAUCGACACUAUCGUAAAAUUACCGUAAUUAUAAGACAGAAUUAAGAGCUGAGAGCUCUCAUUAAUUGUUAUUUUUAGUUUAAUUUAAAAUCAUACGAUUACCGUAAUUUCAGUCUGUUCUACGUAAAUAAUCGUUUUAUAAUUUUUGAAAUUACUCACAAAGACCUGUUAUUUUGCCAUGAUUUUAAUUCGUAAUAAAUAAAACGUAUAUUGUAUAUAGUAUUUAAGUAAAACACAUGGCAUACAUUGCACUUUGCUCGACGUUAUUUUUCAAUAAAGAGAAGCGGUCCGUCUUUA